UUUGAAUACAGAGGGUGCUCCGCUCUUCAUUACUAUGCAGUCCUCUACUCUGGCUGGCAGCUCACACUCCACUGCCGCUUGGACAUUUCCUUAGAGCAAUCCUUGUCCCCUAUUUUGCUUGGUGUGUGUGCUCUUUCACUUUUUUCAUCUGUGGACUGGAAGGAUAACGACCCUUGAGUUGAAAGGACUUGCGUUCCUUGGGAUUUAGGAAUUUUGGACAGCUAUGCCUCUCCAGCUGGAAAGGAAACGGAGCGUACUGCACUGUGAGGGGCUGAACAACCAGAGCUAUGUCUGCGAAUCAGGACACUGCUGUGGGGAGUCACAGUGCUGCAGUUACUACUAUGAACUCUGGUGGUUCUGGCUGGUGUGGGUCAUCAUCUUCAUCCUGUGCUGCUGCUGCGUGUGUCACCACCGGCGCACCAAGCACCGGCUGCAGCAGCAGCAGCGCCAGCACGAGAUCAACCUCAUCGCCUACCGCGAGGCGCACAACUACACCUCCCUUCCGUUCUACUUCAGGUUUCUUCCAAAUUCCCUCCUACCUGACUACGAGGAGGUGGUGAACCGCCCUCCCACCCCUCCCCCUCCCUACAGUGUCUUCCAUACAGUCAGCCCCCUGCCCACGGACCCACAGGACGGACUGGGACUGGGACACUGCCCAACCAUCCAGACCACUCCGGUCCCCCCAGUGUCCGACACCCUCUGCUCCAGGCCGAGCCUGGAAGAGCCCCACCGCAUUGGGGCCCCCACCAUUGGCUACAACAGACACAAGGCAGACAAUAAGCCUCAGGAGCCCCAGGAUGGCGGACCAGGGCUAGGGCCCCAGGAUGGUGGACCAGGGCUUGGGCCCCAGGAGGCCUCUACAGAGGAGCCUAGAAGCCCAGAGAAGAGUUGCAAGGAACCUCUGUUACUCGGGGACCUAGGGGGGCCCGAGAGCGGUGCCCAGGAGGACAAAGAUAAUAGGGGGGCCCUUGGGCGGCGGCGCCGUUUCACGGGUGACUCGGGUAUCGAGGUGUGCGUAUGUGACCGUGGUGGUAGUACCAGUAUUGGGAGCCAGGAGGGCAAGGAGCUGAGGGAGAAGGAUAGCCUAAUGGGGGAGCAGGAAGGAGGAGACUUCUGUGACGGAUGCGGUCACCCCGCUCCGGGAGUGGAAGAGGAGCAGGCCCUAGCCCUGGUUGGACCCGAAAGUAGGUCGGAGUGCGGGUCGGCGACAGGGUCCACCUCCCCGCCACCACCCGCCAUGACGCAACCCACCCAGCCCCCGGUGUGCCUGCUCCUCCACACUAUCAACGAGCUUGAGGGGCCCCCUCACCAUGGCAACAGCACAGAGCCCCAGGGCUGAGCUAAGCUAAAGCACAUCUUCACCGAGGAGGGAGAGAGAACCAGGAGUGGGAGUCAAGACUUUAGUGUGUGUGUGACUGUCUGAGAUCGUAUGUGUGUGUGAAGAGCAGGAAGUUGUAUUUUGUCACAGUCUGGACUUAAAGGCCUGAUGUUCAUAGCUAAAGCCCCUUUGGCAUACUGUAAUGGUGGCCUUAACUGCAAUGUACAAGGAAACAGAAGGAGAGGUUUGGCUUAUCACCAACCUGCCUACAGACUGCAUAAAUGUCCUCCUUUGUCUGCCUUUACCAAGAGGAGGCGAAAGGAGACCGUGUUAAGACUUAUGCAAGCUGGAGGAGAUUGAUAGUCUGGUCAGUGGAAGCUGACCUGAUGUUUGGUGCGACUGUAGUAUAGUGUAAGUACACACUGGUGCAACUCUAGCCUGGUCCCAGAUCAGUUUGUGCUGUCUUGCCAACUCCUAUGCUCAGUGUACCAAGCUAGUGGAAAUCAUCGCAGCUACUUCCUGUGUCUGUUCACAGGAAGGAACAUCCUGGACAAAUACACUGAAGCGGUACAGGAACAUUGUCAAGCAGUGCAGUGUGGAUCGUCAUGGUGACGAUGUGUGCUUAUGUAAUGUGAUAGUCCCAGUCGGUAUGAAAUAGAACGUGGUGGCCCUGCCUGCCUGUGGGGAAAACAACCCAUGGUUACUUUGGUUACCCCAUUGGCUCACAGCAAAAACUUGACCUUUUUCUAAAACCUAUUUUCUUGUCUGCUUGUUUUAGUCAAUUACAAAAAAAUACAUUUAAGAAAAGUACAACGUGUGAAAGAUUACUAUUCAACUUUGCCUGCUCCUGAGCGUUCUCACUACUUAGAAAAAUGUAAUAUUGUAGGCGCUUCCCUCGUUUUUAUGACGGCACUAAUGUUAACCACGUGAGUUAGUGCGUGCUAGCUAGCUACCAACCAGAACGGGACUCUCCAACCCUGUUCCUGGAGAGCUACCCUCCUGUAGGGUUUCACUCUAAACCCCAGUUGUAACUAACCUGAUUCAGUUUAUAAACAGUUCAUUUUUAGAAUCAGGUGUGCUUAAUUAGGGUUGGAGUGAACCUACAGGACGGCAGCUCUCCAGGAACAAGGUUGGAGAGCCCUGAACCAGAACAUUAAGCUAGCCAACACAAACAAACGGACUAGCUAUAAAGUAGUGAGUGGAGUUCCAAACGGACUGUACUUAACAAGUUAAAUGUCUUACCUGUGAUGACAUAUUUUCCACACACGUAACUAAAGUGUAGCCUACUUUGACACCGGGUCUCCACAAUUUCUCACUCUUCCACACCGAAUAGACUGAAGCCACAGGGCUCUUCUCGCUGGCUCUAUUUCCCUACGUGGGAGCAUCGUCGAGAUUUUUGACCUAGUUACGUUUUGUAUAACACAAAAUGUACUACGAAGUUGGCUCUUUUACAGUCGGGUCAAUGGGGAAAGAAUGUUUUUCCCCAGUUGGUGGGCGUUGUCGAGGGCAAUUAAUUCUUAUGACAUGAAUACUGACUCGGAGUAUUCUGUACAGCACAGGUGUCAAACUCAUUCCACGGGGGGCCGAGUGUCUGCGGGUUUUCGCUCCUCCCUUAUACUUGAUUGAUGAAUUAACAUCACUAAUUAGUUAGGAUCUCCCCACACCUGGUUGUCUAGGGCUUUAUUGAAAGGAAAAAACAAAAACCAGCAGACACUAGGCCCUCCGUGGAAUGAGUUUGACACCCCUGCUGUACAGGAAGAGCCUGACGCUAAACACUGCGUGUGAUUGUUACUGUUUCACAUAAGACCUUUAGCCUUAUGGUUUUUUACUCUCCUACAACCCUGUUGUCACAGGGACCCAAGUGCAUUAACACAUUUUGUGUGACACAAUCAUUUUAUUUUGCACAUAAAUAUAUGGAACUCUAAUAAUGGAGACAAAGAAAUGAAUCAAACAUAAAAAAGUUGUAUCUGCCAAUCCUGUCUUUUUUUCUUCUCAUUUUUAUUUUAAAUUGAAUCAGUUACUAUUUGUUUUGUAAAGGAUGGUUUUCUAAUGUGUCGUUGAGAUUAAUUCUACAUGGGUAAAAACACAACGCUUACCACAUACAGUAUGGGCCUCUAUCGGAGUCUAGGACGUGAUUGGUUCUUCUUCUCAGAGAUAUUGAUUACACGAUUGUAUUGUGCAUCUCUGAGAAACUCAUGUUUGCGAUAGCUCGCAAUGAUUGUGCAUUAGUGAAACUUAAAGGUCCGUAGGAGAAACGGGUACAAAAAAAAAAGUUGUUUAGUUACGAGAACCAAGCUAUCAUAAGUGCUUUAUAUAGGCCUAUUAAGCAUUUUGUAUAAACAAAUAGAAUAUUCUAUAAUUGUGGUACAACAAAGGUAAACUAUUCUGCAUUUUGGACGGAUGUCUGUCAACUCGUGUAAUGAAAUUGUAAAGCUUUUGAUCGGCAUAUUGGCAAAUUGUGUAUUAUAAUAUCAUACAACGCAUUUAUGAACCAAACUAGCUACUUUUAAAUCUGUCAUAGCAAAAUGUCAGUCUACAAUCAUUCGUUUUUUAGUUAGUGAAUGAUUCAUUUCUAUUUUAUUUUAAUAAAUAACUUACUAUUUUUUUUGAGUAUAGAAUUGUUGUACUCUUGAAACAUUCAAUCUCCUUCAAUUAAUCAUAGGAGUGUGAAGGUGAAGAUACAGGGAACUCAAUGCACAGAUUAUAUGACCUAUUGAAUGAUGUGACUCUAUUGUGAAUAAUGGACAUCAUGCCAAAGAUAUUAUGCUGUUUCCACACGGGAUGUAAGGUGGUUGUGCACAUUUUCUGUCUUUUUGUUCGUAAGCUAUUUUAUUACAGCAGCGAAAUUGACACGUUCAAUAAAUGUAAACCAGUAAUA